UAAAGUGGGUUCAUUUGGCGCAGUAUGAACCAAGACACAGAGUGUGGAAUGACACCAUUAAGUUGUGGAAAUGGGAAAUUGAGGCAGUGGCUUAUUGACCAGAUUGACAGCGGAAAGUAUCCAGGCCUUGUGUGGGAAAAUGAUGAUAGAAGCAUUUUCCGUAUCCCAUGGAAACAUGCGGGAAAACAGGAUUAUAACCGAGACGAAGAUGCAGCUCUCUUUAAGGCCUGGGCACUUUUUAAAGGAAAAUACAGAGAGGGAGUUGACAAACCCGACCCUCCAACGUGGAAGACGAGAUUAAGAUGUGCUUUGAACAAGAGCAAUGACUUUGAAGAGCUGGUGGAUAGAAGUCAGCUGGAUAUCUCAGACCCAUAUAAGGUGUAUAAAAUUGUCCCAGAAGGAGCAAAAAAAGGAUUAAAGCAGCCUGGUGGAUCAGAAGAUGCACAGCUUGUCAUGAACCAUCCUUUCCCUGUGCCUUCUCCAUAUGGUUCCUUGCAGCCUCCUACCCAGGUGUCGAACUAUAUGAUGCCUCAUGAACGUAACUGGAGAGACUAUGCACCAGAGCAACCACAUCCUGAACUUCCUUACCAGUGCGCAACUGUCCCCUUUGCAACACGCAGUCACCUAUGGCAAAACACUUCCUGUGACAAUAGUUACCAAGUAACUGGAUCAUUUUAUGCAUGUGCACCGUCUGAAUCACAGGCCCCAGGCCUUCCACUGGAGCCAAGUAUAAGGACUGGGGAGGCCAUUGCAUUGACAGAUCGUUACCCAUUUGAUAUAUCCCCAAUGGAGUGUCAACCCUGUGACAGAUAUUUGUGUCAUCUACGAAAAGACUGCCGAUUACAUAUCAGCUUAUACUAUCGUGAUACAUUGGUUAAUGAGAGAACCACUAGUAACCCAGAAGGCUGCAGGAUCACACAUGGACAAAACUAUGAAAUAAGUUGUUUGGAUCAAGUGGUUUUCCCAUAUCCAGAGGACAGCAACUUGAGGAAAACCAUUGAGAAGAUGUUGAACCAUAUGGAGAGGGGUGUUAUUGUGUGGAUGACUCAAGAUGGAAUCUAUGCCAAGAGACUAUGCCAUAGCAGAAUAUACUGGGAAGGACCUCUAUCUAUUUACAGUGACCGGUCAAACAAACUGGAACGGGAUAUGCCAUACAAAUUGUUUGACACGCAGCAAUUUUUAACAGAGUUGCAGGCCUUUGCUCACCAUGGGCGUCCAAUACCAAGGUUCCAGAUAGUUUUGUGUUUUGGGGAAGAAUUUCCAGACCCUCAGAGAGGGAGAAAACUAAUAACGGCUCACAUUGAGCCUCUAUUUGCCAGACAGCUUAUUGGAUUUGCUGAACAAAAUGGUGGACAUUUUAUGAGAGGAUAUGAUUUAUCAGAUCACAUCAGCAGCUCAGAAGAAUAUCACCGGCCAAUUCGCCAUACCCCACUUCAAGAAUAAAAUUGAAAGAUUUUUUAAUCCACACUCUGGUACUGUGGUGUGGAACCCGUAACUGACAAUAUCAACCUACUGAGGAAUCUACAUUCUUUCACAGAGAGAUGGAUGUUCCUCAAACUUGAAUAUAUACUGAGAAAUGAUCCUUCGGAACUUUUGUGGAUAUAUAAGCAAAUUACGUAAUGAAUUCCAUAUUUGUGGAUAGUGCCUAACUAGUCAACACAAAAGAUUUUCUGCAUUCUGUGAUAACAAAAAUGUAAUUCUUGCUACUUCACUCUCACCUCAUCCUAAUUUUAAACUAGGAACAUGAACAGUCUAAAGAAACAAGUGGUCUUGAAUAGAACAUUGCAACCAAACUCUUUUCUGGUUACAAUUAGUUUAUCUCCUAGUGGACACUGAAGGAAUUUGUGUUUCAAUAUAAAACUGACAUGUGUGUCUUUAUUCAUAAUUAGAUAGACCUUCAAAUUCUUAAUCUACUUUUAACACGACCCAGUGCUGGCUUCCAUAAAUAUCUUGCUUUUAUCUAUUUAAAAUGCACUCUGUUACUAACUUUCUCCCUUUUCAGUCUCUCUCUUUCACUUUCUAACUUAAACCACGCUGAGCUGCACUAACACAUAAGAAAAGAAUGUUUUUGCAAAAAAAUCUUCUGGGUUUAAUUAAUUUUAUUUUUUUUAAAGGCCCAACUUCGUACGAAGUGAAAAUGUUACUUUUCAUUUAGCUUCUAAAAUAA